AUGGCUGUUCGUGCUCAAUUCGAGAAUUCCAAUGAUAUUGGUGCCUUUGCAAAGCUAUCAAACUCCUAUUGCCUUGUUGCAAUUGGUGGAUCUGAAAACUUUUAUAGUGUUUUUGAGAGCGAGCUUGCUGAUGUGGUUCCUAUUGUGCAUACAUCGAUUGGAGGAAACCGCAUUAUUGGUCGUUUGAGUGCUGGUAACCGACAUGGUUUAUUGCUCCCCAACUCCACUACUGAUCAAGAACUCCAGCAUAUCCGCAACUCACUCCCCGAUGCUGUGGCAGUUCAGAGAAUUGAAGAGCGAUUGUCCGCCCUUGGAAAUGUGAUUGCAUGCAAUGACUAUGUUGCACUGGUUCAUCCAGAUAUUGACCGAGAAACUGAAGAGAUCAUUGCAGACACCCUCAAGGUUGAGGUGUUUCGCCAAACCAUAGCUGGUAAUGUUCUAGUGGGUAGCUAUUGUUCCCUGAGCAACCAAGGUGGACUCGUCCAUCCCAAAACAUCCGUCGAGGAUCAGGACGAGCUUUCGUCGCUACUGCAAAUCCCUCUCGUGGCUGGAACAGUAAACCGUGGUUCGGAUUUAAUUGGAAGUGGACUGAUUGUCAACGAUUGGAGUGCAUUUGCCGGUCUCGACACCACAAGCACAGAGCUCUCUGUAAUCGAAAGCAUCUUCAGGUUGCAGGAUAAGCGACCCACUUAUGUUGUAAACGAAAUCAGAGACUCUCUUAUUGACAGCAUGGCAUAA